AUGGCAGAGGUAUGGAAUGCCAAGAUUGUUGGGUAUAGAUCAAAACCAAAAAUCACUCUAUUAGAGGAAUUGAGAUGUUACAUUAUGAGGAGGAUGGCUACACAUCAGAGGGUGUUAGGAACUGUUCGAGGUAAAAUUGCUCCUGCUCAGCAAAAGAAACUGGAUAAGUUAAAGGUACUUAGCAAUUCAUGGACACCAACUUGGACUGGAAAUCUGCAGCAAGAUAUGUAUGAGGUCAGUGGGAGAGGUGAUGGAGUUGGAGUAAAUUUAACAACACAUACAUGUGCAUGCAAUGUAUGGCAGUUGACUGGACUGCCAUGUGAGCAUGCUAUAGCAGCCAUUUGUCAAAAAAACGAAGCAGCUGAGAACUAUGUCUAUCAAUGGCUUACAGUGGAUGCAUUGCAUGCCACAUAUGCGCACACCUUAAACCCAGUUAAUUCGGACAAGUAUUGGCCUGCAUCUGAUGAACCCAAACCUCUUCCUCAAAAACUUAAAAGGCCAUUUGGGCGUCCCAAGAAACAUAGGAAGAAGGACCCAUCUGAAGACCAAGGGAGCAGUACAAAGAAAGUCAAAAGGACAUAUGCAGCCAAGUGUACUAAAUGUGGUCAGACUGGACACUAUGCAAAAAGUUGUAACGGGCCACCAACUUCCAAAACAGAUAAAAGCCAAGCAAGACCAUAA